AUGAGCAGACUCGCUAUUUAUUCAGUCGUAACCCCUGAGCUGGGGUGGCCACCAGGGGCCAGGAGAGAGUCACCCUUCUUGCGUCCUCCCAUGCUGUCCCUUCCACCUUCGUGGUACACAUGCUCCCUGUCUCUGUCUGCCUCUGUCACCUCCCUGAUGCCUCUCUGGUUUUCCCUGUCUCCCUUCCUGUAUCUGCCUCUCUCCUGGCCCAAGCCCAGGCUCCGUUACCCACAGCAGGACUCCUCGGUCCGCUUAGGGCUGUGGCGAGCAGCGAGUCCUCUGGCUGGCAUCCUCGUCCCAGGAAGGCAGGCUGGGCAUUAUGACUGCAGCUGA